UCGGCCCAAUUAUCCCUAAACCACACACAGAAACCCUGGUUGAGGAUCAUAUAAAUAAUUAACUCUUCUGAAAUAUUAAUUUAAGUCGUCUUCAUUCUAGGGUUUCAUUACAGGACUUUCUGCUGCCGUAACAAUGGUGAAUGUACCUAAGGUGAAGAAGACCUACUGCAAGAACAAGGAAUGCAAGAAGCACACAACCCACAAGGUGACUCAAUACAAAAAGGGUAAGGAUAGUUUGGCUGCUCAAGGAAAAAGACGUUAUGAUCGCAAACAGUCAGGUUAUGGUGGUCAGACUAAGCCCGUCUUUCACAAGAAGGCCAAGACUACCAAGAAGAUUGUGUUGAGGCUACAAUGCCAGUCAUGCAAGCAUGUGUCACAGCACCCCAUCAAGCGUUGCAAACACUUUGAGAUUGGUGGAGACAAGAAGGGCAAGGGAACUUCACUCUUUUAAGUGUGUUAUUGUGGUUUUGUUUACUGCUAGCAUGUUUUUUGGAAGAUAGUUAAAGGUUUGAUCAUUGUUUUAUAAAAGUUUUAUGUUUAUGCGCCUUUUUUUUUGGUUGUAUUCUACUAAGACCUGAGCUAUGAUUUUGUUCUGCUAUCUUGUAGCUGAGUUUGAUUUAAAACUUCAUCGCAGGACAGUUUCUUUCAUAGUUGUAACAUAUUGUAUUGGUUGAACCAUUUUUGACAGGGACGAUUCUGGUUGCAACAAA